AAUUUUCCCUCUAUUUACUCCAGAGAGUCCAAAGCUCAGGUGGUGCCCAGUGACCAGGCAACAGAGAGGACGAAUAAAAGGAGCAGGCUCAUCUAGGUCGUCGCAGAGAUGACAAUCAGGAUUCGCGACACUGAAAACAUAAUGAAUUUCUUUUUACAAACAGCAGCUUAUGCCUGCUAAGACUCAUAAUGCUAUAUAAAAACUAAAAGCAUAAAUGAGGAUCUGUAACAUUGCUGUUACAGACUUACAGUGGUAAUGGAAGUCUUGUACGGUUAUGGGAUCAGCAGUACGCUAUACCUGCAGACGCAUUAUGGACAUGCCCAAAGCUGGUUUACAUUUGUGUCUACAGUGGCAGACCUGCGUACAACAUUUUUAUACUUUUUUCCUAUUUGGUUUCAUCUACAAUCUGCAGUGGGAGUAAAGCUGGUCUGGGUUGCCGUUGUGGGAGAUUGGCUCAACUUAGUCCUCAAGUGGCUUAUGUUUGGCGAGCGUCCUUAUUGGUGGGUUAAAGAAACUGUUUAUUAUGGCAACUUAACUGUACCGCAAAUCAAACAGUUCCCCGUGACAUGCGAGACUGGCCCUGGAAGUCCCUCCGGUCAUGCGAUGGGAGCUGCAGGGGUUUACUAUGCCAUGCUCACGUCACUGCUGACGAUUUUGCAGGAGUAUGACCCCCUUAAAAGAUGGUGCUUGCAGGGUCUUCUUUGGGCCCUUUUCUGGGGUGUGCAGGUUUGUGUCAGUCUCUCUCGAGUCUUCAUUGCAGCUCAUUUCCCACAUCAGGUCGUUGCGGGAGUUGUUUCAGGAAUCGCUGUGGCCAAGGCGUUUAAUAGAGUGUCCUGGAUCUAUUCAGCAAGCUUGAAGAGUUAUGUGCACACAAUCCUCUGUCUAGUGUUUAUUGCACUGGGGCUUUAUGCAUUGUUGGACGCUGCUUCGAUAGACCCCUACUGGAGCCUAAUGAAGGCACAGAAGUGGUGCUUUCAGCCUGAAUGGGUCCAUCUGGAUACUACACCCUUUGCUGGCCUCCUCCGCAACACCGGGGCCCUGUUUGGACUAGGGCUGAGCCUCCAUUUGCCUAUUCAUGGUGAUCUGCAAAAAAACAGGAUCUGUGAAAACAGCGCCAUUUACAGACUAACCUGUACAGCAGCAACACUGCCUCUCCUGAGCCUCUUAGACUCAUUCAGACCUCCCACAAGCACUCGUGCGCUCUUCUAUGCACUUUCUUUCUGUAAAAGCGCCACUGUGCCUCUAACCACAAUACGUUUUGUGCCUUAUUGCAUGAGCAUAUUAGCAAAUGUAUACCACAGAAAGAAAGCAUAUUAAACUCAGAUUCUAUUAAAAUCAAGCUCAUUAAGAUUAAGUCUGAAAUUAAGUCUGUAUUAACUAUUUUCCUCACUUUGCCUGUUUUAAAAUAUUUCAGUGUAAGUAUGAUUCUUGAAAACCAAAGAUUACUUUAUAUGAUUUUAUUUUAAUGCAUGCAUACUGAAUUAAGCAGAGAUAUCACCAGGAAUAUCCAAUGCUAUACAUAAUAUAAUACACAAUAUAAUACAUAUAUUUCCUGAUGAAAAGAGAUCAAACAACUAUAAUUAUAUGUAUUAACUAUAAUACAUGUAUUAAAUAGUAUGUUUUAUAAUAUCUGCUGGCCACCAUUAUUGUUUGUUUUUUUUCCCUUACAUUUUGUAUACUGUGAUAAAUUGUUUGUGUUUUAUAAUUGUUCAUUGUCUAAAUGUAGCUGAAAAGCUUAUAAUAAACUGUUCAAUGGCAGUUUUAGCUGUG